CCUUAUUCCAGAAAUUUGCUGUUUCCUAAUUAGCUUGAUAGAAAUUUGUUAUUUGCUAGGGUCAAUUUAAAUCUGACAAAAGCUUACCAAAUAUAAUUUACUGAGUUAUUCUAUGUAAAGAAAAAUGACUGAAGUUGACAAAGCUCUCACUCCUAGCAGUAAGAAUGGAUUAUUAAAUAGCGGAACAAUUAAACCAAGUGCUAUUAAGAUUCUAAAAAAGGAAUAUAAUCAAAUUUACAUGCAUCCAUUAGAGAAAAUAACUGUUGGGAUAGAUGAACUGAAUUUACAAGUUUUUUAUUUCUUAAUUAAUGGUUGCAAAGAUACUCCAUUUGAAGGAGGUUUGUAUAUGGGCUUAAUUAUAUUUCCCGUAGAUUAUCCCAAUUCUGCCCCUGAAUUUCAAAUGAUUAGUCCAAGUGGGAGAUUUAAGUUAAGAAGUUCAAUUUGUAUGACAAUUUCUGCGUAUCAUCAAGAAUCAUGGAGUCCUGCUUGGUCAUUGGAAACGAUUUUGUAUGGGUUUGUUUCUUUUAUGAAUAGCAACGAUGAAAAAGGGAUAGCAUCUAUGUCCCUGUCUGACUCUUCAAGAAGAUCUUUGGCUAAGGAGUCCAAGAAAUGGUUAUACUCCAACUGUAGGAUCUUUAAGAAGAUUUUUCCUAGUGAAUACGAGCUCCUUCAUACAAUUUAUACCACUCCAAGUUUUGACAAGAUGGAAAAGUAUAUUCUUAACGAUCCUAUUCAGACUGAAGAUGUAUGUGAUAUGAUGGUGAAAAGAUUACUGAGUAUGAAUUCAAAUCAAUCAAAGUGGAAAUCGGUUAAAGAAAAUGAAGAAAUUUUGGUUUCAUUGUUUAGUUCACUAACACCUAAAAGAGAGGCGGAUAAGAUAUUAGGUAUAAAACCGGCAAAAAUCCCUGUAAUUGAAUUUGAAAAUGAAUUUGAAGAUCUGCUGAGUGAUAAUGAUUCAAAGAUAUACUCUUCAGAAGAUCUUCCAGAACUUUAUGAAUCUGAAGAGGAAGAGGAGGAAGAGGAUGAAUCGGAUAUUUUUGAAUUUUCGCAGUAAAGAAUCAUAAAUGAUAAACGAUAAACGAUAAACAUUUAAUAAGUAGAUAUAACUAAAGUAAUUUAAAUAUUUGAGAUAUAAUUUUCAGGAGAGAUAAAGCGUUUAAUAAAUAUUUAAAUAACAAAUCAAAUGAUUGAUAUCCAGUAAAAGUAGAUUGGUUGCAAUUUGCAGCAGAUAGUAGUGUCGUGUACCCUACUCAAAAGCAAUUAAGGACGG